UUAGUUAUAUUACAUUCCUACAUCUAUUUAUAUCUCUUCACUCUUAUACCUCCUUACUAUCUCAAUCAACCUUAUCCCUUUCCUUUUAUUUUCUCUAUUUUUUCCCUAAAUUUUAAAAACAUGAGGUUAAUUACGUGUUAUAAUAUGUUGUUAGUUUUUCUGAUGAUGGGUAUAUGCCACGUGUCAUCAUCUUCACCGGAGAAAAAAACAUACAUAGUACACAUGGCAAAAUCCCAAAUGCCGGCAGGAUUCGACCACCAUAUACAGUGGUACGAAUCAUCACUCCGGCACGUGUCGGACACGGCUGAGAUGAUUUACACGUACACCAACGCUAUACACGGGUACGCCACACGUUUAACAGAAUCCGAAGCGGAAACUCUUUCCUCCACACCAGGAAUCUUAGCGGUUUUACCCGAGACUCGGUACGAGUUACACACAACUCGGACCCCAUCUUUUCUAGGACUCGACCGAUCUCCGGACGAGUUUAUUGAGUCGGAAUCGGCGAGUGAUGUUAUAAUCGGGGUGUUAGACACGGGUGUAUGGCCGGAGAGUAAAAGUUUUGAUGAUACGGGGAUGGGACCCGUGCCAAUGAACUGGAAUGGAGCGUGUGAAACAGGGAGAAAUUUUAGCGCUUCAAGCUGUAACAGAAAAUUAAUAGGUGCACGGUAUUUUUCUCAAGGAUAUGAAGCAGUUGUGGGGUCGUUUGAUGAAUCAGUGGAGUCGAAAUCACCACGUGAUGAUGAUGGACAUGGGACCCACACGGCUAGUACUGCUGCUGGAUCCCCUGUGGAAGGUGCUAGUCUUUUUGGGUACGCUCCUGGGACGGCGCGUGGGAUGGCUCCUAAAGCUAGAGUGGCGGCUUACAAGGUUUGUUGGGCAGGAGGAUGUUUCAGUUCUGACAUUUUAAAAGCCAUUGAUAAGGCAAUUGAAGAUAAAGUGAAUGUGUUAUCGCUUUCGUUGGGUGGAGGAAUGUCGGAUUACUAUAGGGAUAGCGUGGCCAUCGGGGCAUUUGCGGCGAUGGAACACGGCAUUUUGGUGUCAUGUUCGGCAGGGAAUUCAGGACCGAGUGCAUUCAGCUUGUCGAAUGGGGCACCUUGGAUUACUACUGUAGGGGCCGGGACACUCGAUAGGGACUUCCCAGCGUUUGCUACUGUUGGUGAAGGAAAGAAAUAUUUUGGUGUUUCACUUUUCCGAGGCGAUUCGUUGCCUCAAGGGCAGCUUCCCCUUGUUUAUGCAGGAAAUGCUAGCAAUUCCACUAGUGGCAGUUUAUGUAUGACUGGCACAUUAAUUCCUGAGAAGGUGAAAGAUAAGAUCGUAUUGUGUGAUCGUGGGGUCAAUGCUCGGGUCCAGAAGGGCGCUGUCGUCAAAGCUGCUGGUGGUCUCGGCAUGAUUUUAGCUAAUACCGAUGCAAAUGGAGAAGAGUUAGUUGCUGAUGCACAUUUACUGCCCGCGACAUUGGUGGGCCAGAAGAGUGGAGACGCAAUAAGGGAUUACGCAAUUACGGACUCUAAACCGACUGCCACCAUCCUUUUCGAGGGGACAAAGGUCGGUGUUCAACCAUCUCCUGUGGUGGCGGCAUUCAGUUCUCGAGGUCCGAAUGGGAUCACCCCCGAGAUAUUAAAGCCUGAUAUAAUUGCCCCAGGUGUUAAUAUCUUAGCUGGGUGGUCGGGAGCUAUGGGUCCCACCGGGGUGGCUUCUGACACGAGACGGGUUCAGUUUAACAUCAUAUCAGGGACUUCGAUGUCGUGUCCUCAUGUGAGCGGUCUUGCUGGGUUCCUAAAGGGUGCACACCCUGAGUGGAGUCCCGCGGCAAUAAAAUCUGCUUUGAUGACUACGGCUUAUGUUACUUACAAAAACGGGGAGACUCUUAAGGAUACGGCUACUGGGAAGCCAUCGACACCCUUUGACCACGGAGCUGGACACGUAGACCCUGUCUCAGCCCUAAAUCCCGGGCUGAUCUACGAUCUCACAAUCGAUGAUUACUUGGGUUUCCUGUGUGCACUUAAAUACACCCCAUCACAAAUAAGCUCAGUUGCUCGGAGAAAUUUCACCUGUGACAGUGACAAGAAUUACAGCCUAUCGGAUUUCAAUUACCCUUCAUUUGCGGUCUCAUUUAAAUCGACCCCAGCACACAAAGCAGCUGACAGUCCAAGAAGCGGGCCCAUUGUAUUGAAGCACACUCGGACGGUGACCAAUGUGGGCCCACCUGGCUCAUAUAAGGUAACAGUAACUUCACAGGCACCAGAGGUUAAGAUAUCAGUUGACCCAGAAGUCCUGAGCUUCAGUAAAGUAAAUGAGAAGAAAUCAUACACAGUAACUUUUAGUAGUGAGCCAAUGCCUUCAGAUACAAACAAGUUUGCUAGGAUUGAAUGGUCAGAUGGUAAGCAUAUAGUUACCAGCCCCAUUGCAUUCAGCUGGUCAUGAUCAAAUUCCUUACUGAACAAAAUUUGUUCAGAAAAAUUCGAUUUCGGAAAAAAUGUGCAAUGAGAUCAGAGUUCUAAUAGGGACCCGCAAUCCAUAAGAUUAACAGUUGAAGGUAUCUCAAACUUUCAGGCAUGAGACCUGCGUUCGAAUAGGGACCCGCGUUCAAUACGGCCAAACCAUGAGAUAAGGCUGUAUUGUUAGUGUAUUGUUCAAUUGUUCUGCUACUAAGAGAGUAAGAGUGAAGGAAGGAAAUUAUGUAAUGUUCUUAAAGAUAAGAGCAAAAAUUAUGAUUUACUUUUUUAAUCUUCAAUGAAGUUUUAUUUCCAAGAUGUGAUAAAA